AUUGGCAGCUCGUUUUGUAUUUAAUGAGGGUCAGGGUUCGCUCAGCUGAAGUAUGAAGAUGCGCUCAAACACUCCUGAAACACGGCAAAGUUUCUCAGAAACGGUCUUUUCCAGCGGUGUAAUAUUAACGAGUGCGUCUUCGGAAGAGAUUUUCGCUUUUUAAAAAAUCGAACAUAUCAUAUCUGAUCGCUUUCGGACUCGAUAGUGUCGUAAAACACUGUAGCCUCUGUUUGUUUGUGUUUCUCUUCCGGCGGCGCGCAGAAGCUCAUCCGGUCGCCGUCCGUCUCCAUGACAACCACAACACAACGGUCAGCCGCGAGCAUCUCAAGACGAACCUCCGUAGCGUUAGGGUUAAGGUCAAGGUCGUGUGAGUGUCGUGUGGAGAUGUCGAGCGCUCAGGCGGAAGGCGUUAUCAGGAACAUCAUCCGGGAAAUCUCUCAGACGUGUUUAAGCCGAGGACAGAGUCUGUCUGAGACGCUCAUCGCCUUCAUGGUCAAAAGCGUCGUUCUGGACCCCCGGAACCGCUUUAACGUGGACAGGACUCUUACGAAACGAGAUGUGCAGAAACUCAUUGAGCUGUGUGUGGACAGACUGAUGGACCAGACGAGCUCCACUCUGAACACCAUUAAGAUGCAGGUCUACUUCGACAUGAACUACACAUCUCGACGAGAGUUCCUGGAGGUUCAGCAGAAGGUGCUGAAGGCCCGUCUGCUGUCUCUGAGCAGAGAGAUCACAGACUCCCGAGCCAAGACCAGAGACGACCUCAAGAACCUGUACGGCAAAAUAGUCAGCUAUGUCAUCCAGUGCUCCAACCUCGGCUCGGCCACGGACAUCAACACCGUGAGAGAAACCACAGCGGCUCUGCAGAGCGUCUUUCCUCAGGCUCAGCUGGCGACCUUCAUGGCUCUUCUGAAACCCGACAAAGAGCAGCAGCUGAGCGAGCUCGCUCUGAUCGUCAGCGGCAUACGCCUCUUCAACAAGGACAGCAGGAAAGGAGGAGAGGGCAUCCAGAACCUGCCGGCCCUUCUGAACGAGACGCUCCCGGCCGCGGCCGCAGACACAGAGAGACAGCUGGCGGGGUGUGAGCGCUUGGCCUGGCAGCACACGGCCCUGCUGGAGAAGAUGAGCGAGGCCCCCGAGGGCCCCGUCCCCCCAGACCCGCUCAGACAGGCUCUGUACAACACACGGCAGCACGAGGCCUUCCUCAGACUCAUACUGGCGGACAUCAUCCAGAGCGCCAAGGAAGUGACUCGUUUACAGUCUGAGCUGAGGACUCAGAUGACGCUCGUGAAGGACACCGUGCACACCAGGAGCACAGUGCCGACUUCACAAGUGUUCCCUCGUUUCACAGCGCUGGCUUGGCUCUGGGCAGGACUGGAAGGAGAGAUGCUGCUCCUGAGCAUGCUCACUAACGUGGCGUCCGGCCUGAGAGCGUUCUCAUCAGCACCGUCCCUGCUGAGCCCGGAUCAGCUGGAGCCGCUGCUGCACGGACUGCGGGUGCCAACGGACGAGGACAGACGCUCUGAGACAGCAGAGGAGCGUGUGGUUGAGUCUGAGAUGAGCUCGAGUGAAUGGUGUUUUCCUGAGAGCACAGCUCACUUUGAGGACGUGCCGCUGCAGUAUAAGGGCUUCUGUGGCUUCGCCCUUGUGAAGAACAACGGCCUUUUACUGCCAGGCAAUCCGAACAUCGGCGUCCUAAAGCACAAGGAGAAAUACUACGCCUUCAGCUCCAGGAGCGCUGCGUACGAGUUCGCCCUUCAAGCAGACGAGUUUAUAGCCGCUGCGGUGGAGAUGGCGAAGAGACAGCCGGAGCUCAUCCAGCUGCUGCAGCUGCAUCAGGAGUUCGCCAGCGUGACGCCCUACUCUGAGAUGCAGUCGGGAGAGAAGCUGCUGGUGAAGAGCAUCUCUAAAAGUGACGCCAGCAUGCAGACAGAGACACACCCUCUGGAGACCAACAUUGUGAAGUCCUACGAGUGGAACGAGUGGGAGCUCAGAAGAAAAGCCAUUAAGCUGGCCAAUCUGCGGAAUAAAGUCACACGCUCCAUGCAGACGCACUCGAGUCACAUGAGACGACACAACAGCACUCAGACGUUCCUCCCUAAAGACGCCUCCAGCCAGACGAAGCGGGACGGAGACAGUAACGUACCCAAACCUCAGGUGUACCUGUCAGGACUGAGAGGAGGAACGAACACGAUGAAGCUGGAUCUGACCAGAGCUGUUGACGAGUGACCAGAAACAUUUCCUCAGCGAGCAACUCGCAGUGACAGAGACUCACUUUGAGUCAUGAUCAGAGCAAUCAGAGGAAGAGGAGGAGCCAUUCUGAUGGACAUCGCCAUAGCAACACCUACAGCUAAUGCACAGUGGCUUAUUAUUUCACCUGUCCUGAAUCAGGAGUCAAAUAAUAAACUUACUAUAAAAUAUGCUUUUAAUAAUAAUGCAUUUUACAUAUAAAAAUAUUUUCAUCUACACAUAUUAAGAUUGAAGUUCAAAUCAGUUCAAAUUAUUUUGAUAAUUUCUUUAUAACGGCCAGCGUUACUUCCUGGAAGUAUUUUCUGAAGAAUUUGAGAAUUUGAGAACUACUUGAGAUUUUUUGCUGUCAGUUUACUGAAAAAAAGCUGAUAAGGUGAACAUCUUUUAGCUAAUUGUAAUUAAAACCUUUACUUUUACUGUAACUGUUAUCAAGUUGUAUCAGUGGUAUUCUUUGUAACUCUUGUGAUUUCCUCACACGCCUGCGCUUCUACAAUACAUUCACUGUUCAUUUUCAAACUGAACAAUGGACCUCACUGUCAUUAAAAAAGAAAAGGUGA